AUGCAGGCAAACAAUCGCAUGCUGGAGCACUUCGAUUCCAUCUUCAGCAAGCAGGAUCCUAAAUGCCCGAAUGUCGUUGAGCUACAACUCGGGCGCCGGCGCGUCAUCGUUACUCGGGAUCCAGAACACAUCAAAACCGUCCUGACGAGUAAAUUUACCCAUUACGGAAAGGGCCGACUGGUUCACUCUGCGGCCAGCCCGUUUCUCGGAGACUCGAUUUUCACGACCGACGGACAGCUGUGGCAGAAGAGCCGCGCUCUCAUCAGGCCCAUGUUCAAGAGAGAGCGCGUCCGGGAUAUUGAGAUUUUCUCCCGUUGGACCGACGUGUUCAUUUCCAAGCUUCCGCCCUCCGGAAGCACCGUUGAUAUCUGCGACUUGUUUUACAGGAUGACGCUGGAUGCUUCAACCGACUUCCUCUUGGGGCAGAGUGUUGGUGCAUUGGACCACCCCAACGGUGAAUUUAGCCGAGCGUUCACCAAUGUCCAGCGCAUGCAGAUGAUUCGAGUUAUCUUGUACUCAUUCCGCCACGUACUACCACUGCGCCAAUACUAUGACGGAAUCAAAGUCAUUGAGCGAUUCAUCACGCCGUAUAUCGAGUCGACAUUGCGGCUUUCCAUUGAAGAGCUGGAACACCUGUCAAAGUCAGACAAAGGCUUCACCUUUCUUCACAACAUUGCCUUGUUUUCGCGAGACCCUCAAGUGAUCCGGGACCAGGUCUUUGCCGUCCUGAUUGCCGGCCGAGACACGACUGCAGCAACGCUCUCCUGGGCCAUUUACGAACUUGCCAAUCACCCCGAGGUGUGGCAGAAGCUUCGGAAACAAGUACUAGAGCGCGUGGGACCAACUCGGGCUCCCUCAUACGAGGACCUCAAAAACCUGAUGUACCUGACUCACACAAUCAACGAGACUCUGCGGCUGUACCCUGCGGUCCCUUAUAACAUCCGCGGUUGUCUCGAGGACUCUACUCUGCCCACGCCAGAGGGCCGCUCGGAAAUCGCGACGUCGACAAACGACAUUGUGAUUUACAGCACCAUGGCCAUGCAGCGUCGACCUGAUCUCUACCCGUCCGUUUCGGACUCCUUCGCCGACCCUGCAAUCUUCAGUCCUGACCGCUGGGAGCACUGGACGCCGAAGCCAUGGCAGUAUGUGCCCUUCAACGGUGGUCCAAGAAUCUGCAUUGGCCAAAACUUUGCCGUCACUGAAAUGGCCUUCACACUGGUGCGUCUUUUACAAAAGUAUGACCGUGUAGAGUACCGCGGCGAUUGGAAUGCUCAGUUCCACAAGGCCGAGCUGGUUGGGUGUCCGGGACAGGGCGUGCCGGUGGCAUUGUACGAGGCAAAGGACUAG